AAUUAAUUGUUAAAUAUGAAAGCCAUCGUUAUAAUAAAUGUUAUUCUAUUUUCUGAUUUUAGUAUCAAGACGACGAAUUUAUUGAAAAAUGGCUGACGUUGAUGUUGAUGUACCCUCUGCCGCACCAAUUUCUAGUGGUGCUAUGGACAUAAAUACAGCUCUUCAAGAAGUGCUAAAGAAGUCUUUGAUAGCCGAUGGUCUUGUACAUGGCAUUCAUCAGGCUUGCAAAGCUUUGGACAAACGUCAAGCUGUUUUGUGCAUUUUGGCUGAAUCAUUUGAUGAACCAAAUUAUAAAAAAUUGGUUACCGCACUCUGCCAUGAACAUCAAAUUCCUUUGAUCCGUGUUGAUUCACACAAAAAACUUGGAGAGUGGUCCGGUUUGUGCAAAAUUGACAAAGAAGGCAAGCCCCGUAAGGUAUGUGGCUGCUCAGUUGUUGUAAUUAAGGACUUUGGUGAAGAGACACAAGCCCUGGAUGUUGUGAAAGACCACCUCAGACAAAUUAAUUAAAUUAAUAUUCAGCCAAUAGACAAAUAUUGUUUUAAUUUAAUAAAACAAAUGAAGAAACAAAAAUUAAGUGAAAAAUUCUGAGGGAGUCGCGAUAAAGUGAAAGUUUUUUUUUACUAAAAUAAAUGCAAGAUAAAUUUA